UCCACUACUGUCCACAAUGCUGGAUACCGACGCAGCAUCAGGUGAGGAUAAAAACACUCAGCGCGCGUGAAUUCUUUAGUAAUCCGGAGGGAAAUAAGCGAGAAGUAUGGAUAAACGCGACAAGAAAGCAAAAAAGGAUUCAGUGAAGUCUACGAAACGCAAAGGGAAGCUGUUCCGGAGAAAAUCGUUCAAAUCAGUGGAAAGUUUGGUGAGUAAGAUCUUGAAAAGUUUGGGGAGCUUGGCUAACGGCGCAGAAACAACCGAGCGCUCGGAUGCUGAGGACGAUGAUGGUGGCUUUGGAGAAAGCGCACCUUGCGCGGGAAACUCGGGUCAUGUGAGAAAAGAGGACAGCAGCCAGGUGAGGAAAAGUUGCUCGCUUCCCUGCCGUUCCUCCGUGAGAGAGCGACUGUUCUCGCUGUACGGGGAUAAAACGCCAGGCGUGCUGGGUUUGAAGAAUCACGGGAACACCUGCUUCAUGAACGCCGUCGUGCAGUGCUUGAGCAACACGGACCUGCUCGCUGAGUAUCUGUGUCUGCAGCGAUAUAAACUGGAUCUGUGUCGCAGGGGAAUGAACGGGGUUAUAAAGACUGAGAACGGUCAGCAGGAGAAAGGAGAGGUCACGGAACGCCUCGCGACUUUGGUCCGAGCGCUUUGGACUUUUCAAUACACUCCUCAACUCUCGGCUGAGUUUAAGAUGACAGUAUCUAAACAUGGUGCACAAUUCCGUGGGAAUUCCCAGCAUGAUGCUCUUGAAUUCCUGCUCUGGCUUCUGGACCGCCUCCAUGAGGACGUCAACUCAUGUUCAACCCUCCCCAAUGGGAAUAACAGAAGCAAAUCAAGUGGCAAGGGUGUCCAGGAAUGUGAUCAGAUGGGCGGUGUUGUAGGGGCCAAGGGUAGCAUGGUGAUGGAUGACGCCGUGAUGGGUAAUCGCUGCACACAUUGUGAUGUUCCCUCCGCGCUGGCCAGGGACUUCAACAAUGGCACGCUGGCCGAUUAUAUUCCUUCCCCUCUUUCGUCUUUUUGUGAGGUUGAACCCAACCUCAUCAAUGAAGAUGAACUGGUGCUCCACUGCAGCCACCUCUAG